UUAUUAUUAAUCAAUCAGUUGCCCCAAAAUCCAAAAACCAGAGAGAGUAUACUCUCCACUCUCCACUCUCCACUCUCCACUCCCUUAUUAUUUCCCCUUUCCUUACUUAAAAGAAACAAUCAAACAAUCACCAACACAACACCACUCCCACUCUCUCUCUCUCUCUCUCUCUCUCUCUCAGCCCUCAACUCAGCUCUCUGAGGACUCCUCAACUUCCUCCGCUUGAGAAUUAUGGCGUUUUCGUAAAUGCAAUGGCAGCCACUUCUAGAGGGUUCGCUUCUCACCUCGAUUUCAAGCUCCGCCGCCUCGCUUUCCAUCCGCGCCCUCACUCUAGUACCAGCAAUGGCGGCUUGGAGGAGCUGAGGAAGCGGAGGAGGUUCAGCCUUCGGGGGGACCGACGCGGAGUCAGUCGAAUCAGUUGCUGCUGCUCAGACUCGGUUGUUCCGAUUCGCUCCGGAAAGAACGCCGAGAAGGCGGAAGAGCGGCGGUUCGAUUCGAAGAAAAGGCCUCCUAGAGCUGGAGUGCAAGCCUCUGCUGCAUUGCCCUUCUUUGCUUCGUCGUCCUCGUCUUCUUCUUCUGCUGCUCAAUCUCAUUUUUUGUCUAGACAAGAGAAAAAUUACCCCCGCUGUACCCCUAGAAACUCUGGUCCACAAUCUCGUGACACUCCACCCAAACGAGAUACUGGUAUUGCCAAUGAGAAGGACUGGGGCAUCAGCUUGUUAACCGAAAAUGUAAACGAGUCUGGGACUAAUGAAGAUGGCAGUACAUGGUAUCGAGAAAGUGGGGAGGACAUUGGCGACAAUGGAUACAGAUGUAGGUGGACAAGGAUGGGCGGUACCUCCCAUGAUGCUUCUUCACAAUGGAAAGAAACGUGGUGGGAGAAAAGUGACUGGACCGGAUACAAAGAGCUAGGUGUGGAGAAAUCUGGUAGAAAUGCUCAAGGCGAUUCAUGGUGGGAAACUUGGCAAGAAGUUCUUCAUCAAGAUGAAUGGAGUAACCUAGCAAGGAUUGAGAGAAGUGCACAGAAACAAGCAAAAUCAGGCACUGAGAAUGCUGGAUGGUAUGAGAAAUGGUGGGAGAAAUAUGACGCUAAAGGCUGGACUGAGAAAGGAGCACACAAAUAUGGUAGACUCAAUGAGCAGUCAUGGUGGGAGAAGUGGGGAGAGCAUUAUGACGGAAGGGGAUCUGUUCUCAAAUGGACUGAUAAAUGGGCUGAGACUGAACUUGGAACCAAAUGGGGAGACAAGUGGGAAGAGAAGUUCUUUGCUGGAAUAGGUUCGCGACAAGGGGAGACAUGGCACGUAUCUCCUAGUGGUGAACGUUGGUCAAGGACAUGGGGAGAAGAGCACUUCGGAAAUGGUAAGGUGCACAAAUAUGGGAAAAGCACAACAGGUGAAAGCUGGGAUAUUGUUGUGGAUGAGGAGACCUAUUACGAGGCUGAGCCGCAUUACGGAUGGGCAGAUGUUGUUGGCGAUUCUAGCCAGUUGCUUUCAAUUAAACCUCGUGAAAGGCCACCUGGCGUCUACCCUAACCUUGAGUUUGGAUCAACGCCACCUCCAGCUGAUGAACCACCAGAGGAAUUUUCUCCACAAUGAAAAGGUGACGAAGUUUAGGGUGCCUUAGUUUAGAAUAUUGUUCCAUUCCAAGUCCAAUUAUGUUGGCUGAAACUCUUCUCAUGUAACGGAAACCUUAGUCUUUAAUUUAUUCAUUCUUUCAAUCGUCAUUAUUUUCAUUUUGGGCGACUGCUACAUUUUUUCGGAUUAUUUAUUUGGGAGUUGCAUUGUAAUUUUUCCUGGCCCAACGUAGAUUGCUAGGGUUCAAAGUGGGCACUGAGGAUUCUGUUAGCAAUCUACACAUUAGGAUUAAUUUAUUUCAAGUUGUGAUCUUUGUUAAAGAUUCA